GACUUCGGGGCCCUGGUGCCUGCGGAGGCCGCGCCGCCGCCAGCGAAGCCCUUGGCCGAGCUGUCGCUCCAGGCCCUCCUGGCCAGGGAGGCGAAGAUCAAGGGCCAGGUCAGCCGUGCAAAGGCAGCGCUGGCGGCCGUCCAGGAGGAGCAGGCGGCCGUCGCGGUCCGCGUGGCGGAGCAGGCGGACGUCCUCCAGAAGCGGCGCGACCAGCUGGAGGAGGUGGCCGAGGCUGUGCGCGCGAGGAAGCGCGCUGACCUGGAGCAGCACAAGGGGCCGUCGCCCAUGGAGGUGGGCGAGCCCGUGGAGGCCGAGGACUGCCUGGGCAAGGUGCUGCUCAAGGGCCUCGAGGGCCUCGAGGCGGAGCGGGAGAGGGUCCUCUUGCUCGGAGAGGAGGGCGGCGCCCUGCUCGCGAUGGCCGCCGAGGCCCGCAGCCUCGCAGCGGCGGCCGAGCGGGCCAGCGCUGCUGCAGCCGCGGCCGAGCGGGCCGCCGCGGCGCAGGAGGCCGCCCCCGCGGCUGAUGGCAGUGAUGAUGGCGCUGAUGGUUCUCCUGGGGACCGCAAGCGCGUCGGCGACCUCCACCUUGGCCCCGAGCUCGUCGGGCUCGACGCCGUGUUCGACGAGGUGGGCAUGGAGGCCCCGCUUCUGGGUAGCCGCCCGCGGGCGGCGGACGUGGUGGAGCUGGUAUCGGCCAACGCCACCGCGUGGGGCUCGGCGCAGGCGCUGGUCGAGUGGCUACACGACGACGUGGGGCGGCUGCCUGCGGUGCUCUGCCUCCAAGAGCAUCGCCUCAAGGGCAAGCAGGCGAUGGCUCGCGCGGCGGGCUGGAUGCAGGCGCGCGGCUUCAGCUGGCAUGGCCAGGCCGCGCUGCCGACGGGCUCAGGGCCGCUGGAGAGCUCGGGCGGAGUGGCCGUGGCCACGCUGCGGCCGUCGGCGGCCGCCGCCGCGCCAGGGCUCCCGGCCCAUCGGUUCCAGGUGUGUGAGGUGAACCUGGGGUUCAGGGAGCCGUGCCGCGUCAUCUCGGCCUACUUCAUCACGAAGAUAGGCAGGGCGAAGGGGAACAUCGGGCUCCUGGCAGCGCUGCACGAGUUCGUGGGGCAGCUGGAGUCGCCGUGGGUCGUGAUGGGCGACUGGAACAUGGAGCCCGUGGCCGUCCAUGAGUGGGCGCGCAGCGCAGGCGGUGCGCUCGUGGGCCCAGAGGAGCCGACCUGCGGCUCGAAGGUCUUCGACUUCGCGGUGGUCAGCAGGGCCCUCACGGGCUUUGCGGACGUGGCCGAGGUGCUGCGGAGGGCGCCGACGAAGGACCACGCGUCGUUCAAGGUGGUGCUCCGCGGCGUAGGGCCCGAGGCGAAGGUGCGGCGACCGCUCUUCCCCGCGGCCUUCCCGCUGCCGCUGCCGCCGCCAGUGCGGCCAGCGCCGCUCGAGCGCGCCUUCUCGGCCUGGAGGCCUGAGGGAAGGCAGUCGCUCGAGGAGGGCUGCCAGGAGUGGUUCGAGGCGGUCGAGGCCUACCUGAUCGACCUCUACGAGAUCGUUCCGCCCAGCCGCUGGAAGGGGCGCUCGGGCGGGCUUCGCAUGCAGAGGGUCGUGAUGGAGGCAGCCUGGAAGCAGGACUGCAAGAGGAGCGUCGGCGCUGCCUGCAGGCGCUGGAUGUCGUUCGCGGCGGCAUGCGCCCGCUGGCGCGCGCUGCAGGAGGCGGCGCCUGGAGGGCGCUGCUGGGCGCCGCUGCGCAAACAGCAGGAGGUGCUGAUGGCGUUCGAGCUCGAGUGGCCAGAGGAUGGCCCGCUGGCAGGGCUGUCAGUGGCCCGCGUGAUGAGCUUGCUCAGCUCCUCCUCGUGCCAGCUGACGGUGCAGUUCGUCCAGGAGGAGGCGAGGCGACGCUGGAGGCUGGACAAGCAGCGGAAGGCCGCGGGGCGGCGCGCCUGGGCUCAGGCCGCGGCCACCGAGAAGGGCGGCUCGGCGGCCUACCGCUUCAUCGAGCAGGUCGCGGUGGUGCCCACGGAGGUGAUCGCGGGCGUGGACGGCAGCGACGACCUGCGCAUGCCCGUCGCGGGCGAGGCUGCAGUGGCGGCGCUGCUGGAGGCGUGGCAGCCGCUAUGGGUCAAGCCGUCGCGGGCAGGCGAGGCAGCGCCCGAUAACUGGGACAUCCAGGAGUCGGUGCUGCCGCCGCUGGAGCUCGAGGACCUCGAGCGCGUCCUGGGCACCUACCGCGAGGGGUGCGGCCUUGGGUGGGAUAGGCUCCACCCGAAGCAGCUGCUGCGCCUCCCGCGGACCUACAGGCAGCGCUUCCUGGAGCUCCUCAUG